AUGUUAUUUGACGCCUCGUCUGACUCGUUUCCGAAGCGAUCCGAGCUGCCUAGCAUUGAUGGCGCACCAGCAGGGGCAGCUUGGUUCUGGGGUAAAGACGACGAGCUCGGCCGACUGAAUCUGUUGACGCCCAAGCGGAUACUGGCUGCGAAAGACUUGAUCAAGACGGGCGAGAUCGUGAACCUUGACUGGCGAGCAGAUCUUCCCAACCCUCCGGCUUUCAGCAGGCAGAAGUUCAAGCAUACCAUCUCGCCACUUGGUGAAGCAGGAUUCGAUGAUCUGUAUGAUAUGAAUACGCAGAGCGGAUCGCAGUGGGACGGCUUUCGUCAUGUCGGUCUGCAACAUAAUAAUAGCGUGGUCUUCUAUAACGGUCUUACCAAGGACGAGAUACACAACUCAGAUCGAUGUGGGAUGCAGGCAUGGGCUAAGCACGGUAUAGCUGGCAGGGGAGUCCUCGUCGACUACUGGGCUCAUGCCAACAAGUCCUACGACCCUGUCGCCACCCAUCGCAUAUCACUCAAGGACAUCCUCGCUGUAGCCAAGGAAAAGAAUAUCACCUUCCAACCCGGCGACAUCCUGUUCGUCCGCUCGGGCUUUGUAGGCCACUAUGAGAGCCUCGACGACGCUGCAAAGAAGCAUCUUGGCACUUUGAAGAUUCCCGAACAUACCUUUGUCGGCGUGGAGCAGACGGAAGAAAUGCUCGACUUCCUGCACGACAACUACUUUAGCGCUGUGGUCGGCGAUGCGCCGGCUUUUGAAGCUUGGCCGCCACAGCAGUUGUCUUUGCAUCAGUAUCUGCUGCCGAGAUGGGGUGCGCCGAUUGGCGAGAUGUGGGAUCUGGAGAGGUUGGCGGAGAUGUGUCGGGAGAAGGGGCAGUAUACUUUCUUUGUUACGAGUUCGCCUGCGAACGUUCACGGUGGUGUUGGUAGCCAUGCCAAUGCUGUAGCUAUCUUUUAG